UGAGAAACUCCGCAGCUUGAACUGAUUUGGGAGAGAAAGGGGCAGGGGGAGGGCGAGAGGAAGGCAAAAUAGCCAAACCAAGCCAAUGAUUUUCCUGCAAAGUGCCGGGAAGUUUGUGGAGCACUUUCUAGGAAUCAGGUCCUUUCUCACAGUCUCUCCUUGUCUUCCGAAGAAAGAGCUUGCUUUUGGAUUGCCGGGGAUCCUAAAGAGUCUUAGACACACUUAAAUAAUUUCUCUGCUUGGGCUGGAUUGGUGGAAAUUUAGGAAGGAGCGUGUGUGCAAAGCAGAAGCCUUCGGAGCUCGCUCGCUGCUCUAAUCUGUAUGGAUCUAAAAGUGUCACAUUCAAGACCUUUCCAUCUGCAGCUUUUGAUUUCAAGAUUUCCCUUUCCACUUUAAGUAGCUGCUAGGAAACUGAAAACUUUUGGACCUACCUCUUACUGGCUUUGGAUACUUUUUUUUUUUUUUUUUUUUGAUCUCUGUGGAAUUGGUCUCGCAAGCGAUCGGAAUUGCUUUUAAUAUGUCAAAAUGGGUCUGCUGACGCCACUCCUGCUCUUUGGAUUUGCAUUCUUUCAAGUCUAUGGAUCUCGUCUCCGCCAGGAGGACUUUCCACCACGGAUUGUUGAGCAUCCUUCAGAUGUGAUAGUCUCUAAAGGAGAACCAACAACUCUGAACUGUAAAGCUGAAGGACGGCCAACUCCUACUAUUGAGUGGUACAAGGAUGGAGAGCGAGUGGAAACGGACAAGGAUGAUCCGCGCUCCCACCGCAUGCUGCUGCCCAGCGGAUCUUUAUUUUUCUUACGUAUUGUGCAUGGACGCAGGAGUAAACCUGAUGAAGGAAGUUACGUUUGCGUAGCAAGGAACUAUCUUGGAGAAGCUGUGAGUCGCAAUGCAUCUCUGGAAGUGGCAU